CCAUGAGGAGGAUCACGACGAGGAGCAGCUUGAUGAGCAUUGCGAUGCCAGUUCGAAUUCGCUUAUGGAAUCAUCUUCGAAGUGUCGCGAAAUAAGUUCAAAACUUAAGGCCGAACUAUCGAAAUACAAAAAAGAGCUUAGAGAGUACACGAACACAACGAAACAUCUCGAAGAGAAAUAUAUGCAAAUUAAUUUUGAAUUAAAUGAAAUGCAACAGAAGCAUGAUCUUUUUGUGAAUACGAAACAUAACAGUUGCAGCGGCGAUUCCGAAUCUUAUUCAGAAAUGACAAGUACAGGUUCGGAAUACUCAUUGAAACGUAAAUAUACGCAAGUUUUUGAUCGCGGUCCCAGCCUUCUGCAAAUUGUCGGCAAAGAUUCGAACAAUAGUAUUCUAGGUCACGGGAAAAUUGAACAUGACCUAUGCAGAAAACAUCGAAGGCAAAGCAAAGACUACGGUUCACAAAAACGUAAAUACCGUUUGGAUAAGGAGAAUGCACCGCCGUUAUCCGAAAUUCGCGGCUCUGACUAUAAAGAGAAAUGCAAUAAAGGUCUUACCGAUAUUUACAAAACUUUUAAAUCAAUAAUGGAAACUCACCAAGGCAAGAGAAAAGAAUCCUCGCCUAAGAAGGUCGAUGUCGAUUUCUUGCAAAACACUAUUGCUAGCUUGCAAAGUGAGCAGGAACAUUAUCGCGACAUUAUUGAAAAACAGCAAAGCUGUCUUCAAGACUAUCAUAAACGAUGUGUUAAGGCGCAAGAAAUCAUGCAGACGCAGCAGAUUGAAAUCGAAAAACUUAAUUCUAACAAUCAACAAUUGGAAACAGAGAUUACAACCGGUAUUGACCAGUUGCGUCUCAAAUUGGAGGCGAAACUUCGCGAAGUCGCGCAAUUACCUCAGCUGCUACACGAUGAACAGGUAAAAAGUGGACGGGCAGUGACUGAGAAUACAAUAUUGCACGAACGUGUUCGCUGCAUACAGGCGGAGGCAAAUCAAUUGAAAUUGAAAUUGGAGGAAAUGGGCAGGCGAAAAAUGGCCACAUUGACCCGUUUGAAGGCGGCUGAACGAGACUUGAAGAUAUUUAAAAACUAUAAUGCGGCUCUUAAGCAAGAGAAACGAAAUCUAGGCGACGAACUGCAAAAGAUACGCGAUCAAAUGGAUAGUUUGCAGAAUUGCAAUAAACGCGUUUUAGCUCGCCAACGUGAGCAAAGCGAUAAACAACGUCGCGAGUUGCAAAAACGAGUCAACGAGCUAGAAUUUAAACUCAAUCGCAGCCAGAACUCGACCACAAAUCUAAUACACGAGCGCGACAGUCUCAUUGCGGAAUUACAGAGUCAGCUUAACACUUUGGUUCACAAUUUCGAAGUAUCCCAAAAGCAUAUACGCGUACUGAGGCGACACAUUUACUCAAUGUCUGGCGGCAAUCCUCGCGAAGCUGUGGCACGAACACGUAUCUUAAAUGAAACCGCUACCAAUUAA